AUGUGGUUGCUGGAGGAAGGGUGCGUCUCUCCUCUCUCGGGCCGGGAGUCCUUCUCACCCCUCAGUCUGUGUCCCCAGCGGGUCUCGGAUGGAAGUCGCACAGCAGAGCGAGGGUCGGCGCCGCCGGCUUACUCGUAUUUCUCCCUGCUUCAGAUGUUCCUGAAGAACGGGGUCCGCAGCCCCUCUUCUCUCGAUCCGGAGGUCCUGUCCAUUUUUGUGCCUCCUUUCAUCACUAAGGAGGACAGUCAGAUGGCUGGUGCCCCCUGUGUGACUCUGAGCAAGACCAGAAGGCGCUCCUUCAGAAAGAAGAAGGACAAGCCCAAAACAGAGCCCUGGAAGGGCCUCCCUCCUGAAGACGUUAGUGUCCCCAACGGCGUGGACCUGCUUGCCCUGCCUCAGCUCUGCUUCCCAGGGGGCGUGAACGUGGCGUCGGAACCGAGGGAGGACUGUGUCCACUUCCUGGUGCUGACCGACGUCUGUGGGAACAGAACAUACGGCGUGGUUGCCCAGUACUACCGACCCCUACACGUACGUGACUGCCGUGAAUUCGCUCUGAAAUCGGGCUGUCGUGGUUUUCAUUUCUGCCGAAACACACGUCACAAACCACCACCACUCUAAUCACUUUAGCGUGUACGGGUCAGUGGCCCUAAGUACACUCCCGGUGGUGGGCAGCCCCCGCUGCGUCUGGUUCCAAAAGAUGUCCGUCACCCCGAAAGUCCCUCCCCCGGCCCCCAUUCUGCCUCCACGGAUUUGCCUGCUCUGGACUCCUGGUGUCAGUGGACUCAGGCUGCAUAUGGCCUCUGUGUCUGGCUUCUUCCACUCAGUGGACGGGUUCAGAGUUCUUCCACGUUGGGACAGCAACGCCUCCGUUCUUGUGGCCGAGUCCCACUGCCCCGUGGGUGUGAGCCGAAGCUUGUUGCCCACGCGUCCACGAAGGGGCACUCAGGUUCUUUUGUGCAGGGUGACGGCUUUGGGCCUCCCGAGCAUGACUCGGCCCUCCCCCGCCUGACAGGGCCACCUGUACGAGCCUCUCGAGAGCUCACAGGGGCUGCCACACACCUGAAGAGGUGGGGUGACCUGCUGCCUGUGUCCAGAGGGUUUCCAGAAGCAGCAGGGGCCCCGGUACUUCAUCCGGGGAAGCCCAGGAGUCCGACACCGAGGGGGAGGUGGCUGCCCGGAUUUUCCUCCCCACUCUGCCAUCAGAGGCUGGGCCAGCUGCAGUGGGAGAAUUAUCCCCAAGUGUCGGGGGACAUAAGGUGCAGCUUGACGGGCUGUGUCCCUUCACGCCUGUGGAGUGGCAUGGACAUGCCUGAUGUGCGUCAGAAACACGUGGGAGCCCAGCAUUCUGCUGAGGUCUGAGUGCGCAACCUCAGUGUCUGGACUAGGUGUCCCCAGGGUGGGCAGCGGGU